UGGGUAGGCUACGGUAGGCCCUAACCUAACUGUGUUACUGUGUUAUUCCGUGCACAGGAGAAUUUAACGUUGCUGGUUAGGACCGCGCGUUCUUUAAUUAUAAAUUAAACCAAAUCUACUGGAAUCAAGUGUUUCACAAUUAAAAGAAUUUCAAGUGUUGGUAAUUUAAUAGAGUUAAAAUAUAAAAAAAAUGCAGUAGGCCUAAUAAUGUAAGUGGUGCAAAAUUUCAUUAAAAUGAAAAUGACUAGAUCUAUGACUCAUGACAAAAUCAGUUUAAUUAUUUAAUAACAAUCAUAUUGAACAAUGAAUGAAAUAUUUAAUUAUUUCGAUGAUCAAUGUUUGAGAUAUUAUGAUAUAUUGUUUUGAUAAUUCAUAACCAUAUAUUAUUAUGAUAUUAGGGCCUAUAUGAUACUAAUAAAACGAAGGUCAAUUUUGGGCCCAAUGCAGUUAGUGACAGGGCCGGAGGUGUCUUACAGUUACACUACUUACACUCCAGGGGUUUAAGUUUAAAAGUCAUGGAGGUUACCCAGUCAACUACUGGCCAUAGUUCCAUUUGUCAAAAAAAAUUCGAAUUAUACUUUUAGCACAGAAUUUAUUUGAUAGCCUGAACUGAUAGCUUUUUUUCUUCUCAUUUUGUAAUUUUGUCUUGAAAAAAGAAGGGGUGGCCCAUCCCCAUAUAAAUAUACUAUUACUAUUUUAUUUCUUAUUUUUUAAUUGAAAUUGGGGGAAGGGUUGGGAAGGUUGCUCCCCAGAAGAUUACUUUAAAGAUGAUGUGUUCUUAUGAACAAUAUCUAUUUGCGCUGAGAAUUUUAUUAAAUCAGCUUAAUUCAUUUAAAUGGCAUAUUGUAUAUUUAAAAAUGCAAUUAGCUAUGUUUCUAUGUUGCUCUUACUCUUACGUUCAUAUUGACUCAAUCCAAUACUUCUGAAAAUUUCAGUGCAAUGCUAGCUUUAUUUGUUUCAAAAUUAUGUAUGUAAUGUACAAAUGUAUCAGCUAUGGUUCCAGGGAUUUUGAGCAGGCUUUUUUCUUUGCCCAGCUCCGUGCCGAACAAAUUUUAGUCAGCUUCGUUCCAAUCUCCUGAAAAUUUAAAAGAGGUAGGGAAUGCUGAGAGGGAUACUAAGUAUUGAAAGAAAUGUGUUUAUUAUUGUCAAUAACCCAUCUUAUUAACCAGGCAAUAGAAAUGCAUGUACCUUAGACCUUAGUACGAGCAACUUAGCUGUAGUAGAGUGGAGCAACAUAUUUGUAAACGAGUGGGACAACAUAGAUGGUAGAAGAAUAGGGCAUCAAUUUUAAUAGAUUAAUUUUUAAACAAAAUUUUAAAAGUUGAGCUUGUGGCCGUAAAAAUUUUAACAGCUCUAGCAAAAAUCCUCCCUUAGGAAAAAAUACCCUACUCCAGAGCUCCAGCUCUGCAAGGUCCCUUAUAUUAAUUUGUAAAAUCUUGAUGUAAACUGUAAAUUAAAUUUUUUUAUAUUUAUAAAAUACUUUACUGUCAAAUGGACACUAUAUGUUUCUACUAAAAAUUUCAGAAUGAUAGCUUUAUAAGUUUAAUAAUUGUCACUUUAAGAAAAUAAAAUUUUUGACCUCUGUUUUCAUUGUACUGUCACCUCCUUAUAAGAUCAUAUUUUCCAUUAAAAAAAAUUGUAAUUCAUGUGUUGUGUAUGUUUUGUUCAGCAAUGUUUUGUAAAUGUCUCCUCAGAAUAUGGUUGCUGUAGUGUAUAUUUAACUAACAAUAAUAAAAGUUACCUAAAGAAUUUGAAAAAGUUAAUUAAACAAUCACAGUAAUUACAUUUAAAUACAAAGCCAUAAUAAAAGCUUUAUGGUCACAUUGAAAUUACUGUGUCAUCUAACUUAUAUUAAAAAAAGCUUAAAUUGUCCUAGCUGUAAGAUUAUUUGAUGGAGGAAAGUGUUGGGGCAGAGCAUUUGCACAAUUAGAUUCUGAUGAAGUCGGCAGGCGGUAGUUAAGUUCUACUUUUUAGUUUUCAGCCUGGGUAAAGGAUUUUGUAAGCAUUGGCUGUUUUAAAAAAAUACUUCUUUUGUGGAUAAUUUGCAGAUUAAAAUUUGUAUACUAUAAAGUAGAAAUUUAAAAAAAUAUUUUAAAAACCUUUAAACAAAUUUUGUACGGAAAUAAAGUCUGUGCAGAAAAUAUUUUUAAAAUUAAAAGAAAAAACAUUUAAAUAUAAGUUUCUUCUUUUAAUUAGAAUCCUUUUGCUUCAUAGAGUGCCUAACUACCCUUCUGCACAUAAUUUCUUUGUGUAACAAAUUUUAAGAAAACUAUUUUCUACUUUUUUGUUUUAGUUUUAGUGCAUUUAAACUUGUCUACAAAAGUCUUUAAAAAAUUUUUUUAAAAUAUUAUUUUUAUUAAAGAUGCAUAACUAUUUUUUAAAAAUCUUUUAUUAUUUUCCAGAAACUUAAUGACCUGUGAGCCCUCAGUGGAGCAAUCUAUGAGUAUCAUUAGCAGAAAGUAAAAAUGAAGACGUGGACAUUGCAACUAUAUCUCAUUUAUCUGGCACUGGUUCCUUCAAAAAGCAUUGAAAUUUAUUUAAAUUCACAUCUUCACUGUGACAAAACACUUGAAGUAACUCUAGAGAAAACCUACCUGGUGAGAGCUGAUGUGAGCCCUGAUACAGAGACAAGCACUUUCCGUGACUGCGAAGUUGUUUUUCACGCACAGAAUGUGAAUGGUCAGCUCUGUAUCGUCCAAGAAGGUGAACUGAGUAUGAUCAAAGACAGCAAUGUUGAAUUUCAAGCAUAUGAUGGUUUCGGGGAUACUGCUGAAAAUAUUUUUACCCUAGAGUAUUACCCAAGCGUAUGGAACUAUAGGGAGCACUGCACACAGUCAUCUUAUAUCACACUGUAUCUCCGAAGAAAAAAUAAGAACAUCAAGGUGAAUAUCCAGAAUAUUUGGAUAAAUUUCCAUAUUAUUGACAUAGAGAGUAAAGAUCGUAGGCUGUACAUGGAUGAUGAUUACUACUGCUCUGUUACUUACCACCUUCAUAAUAGUUGGGUGAGUGUUUACAACAGACAAAAUGAGGCCAAGCAUGUCACUGUAGACAAAUGUGGUUUGCGAUUUGAAAAAGAAACGGGUAGAAACACAAGUAUUUGUUUCCUUUACACUCCAAUGGAGAGUGUAAAAUACAGCAGGGAUUGGAAUUUGUCUGUGUCCAAGGAAUUUAAACUUGCAGCAGAAUAUAUUAUAUACCAGCUGAAAUGGGAUGAUGCUAAGGCUAAAGAAACUCAUGCCUGGUGUGCAAAUGGCUCAAUAGACUCACUUGUUCUUAUUUUAGAACGCACCGGAAAGAAUUUCUCACAAGAACCGAAACAGAUGUUUCAAGUCAUAGCCACAGAUCACAGUGGGACUGAAGAAAGUCUAAUGCAAUCGCUUAAACAUGAUAAUGAAAAUGACUGUAGUUAUGUAUAUAUUAUUGUUGUAAUUCUUGUCAUUGUGCUGAUGAUUGCAUUUGUUGUGCUAUUCAAGAUGAAAAACCAAUUGUUUAAAAAAAUGUUCUUUGGUGAAUACACCCGUGCACAUAACCCUGGAGGAAAAGAAUCCAAAAAAUCAGAGUUUAAUCUCUGAACUGUCGCAUUUAUUUUUAUGAGCCAUAAAAUUAAGAAAUGCAUUACAUUUUUUAAAAUGAUUGUUCAUUUCCCUCUAUUACAUUUAACAGGAGUUGAAAGACACGUGUUCCCCAGUUGGCAGUCAGCUGUUGAAAAAUGCCUCCACUUGAAAAACUACCAUUAGAGAAACUUGUGCAUACCGUGUAUUAUAUUUCUGUUCCCUUAAAUUUCUCAUAUAAACCAAUGGUAUGCUCUGCCAACUACUUUAUCAAACUCACUUCUCAGGGAGAGGCCCUUGAGGAAGAAAGGUUAUUUGAGAGCACUUUAUCAUCACUUUACUUGUAGGUUAGAUCACAUUUGCCACAACUGAUUGAUUUGGUGCCUAGUGUUGUUUUGAAGUAAAAAGGAAUAUGCUUCUGUUACUGUGCGGUUAUUAUUAAACAAAAUGAGUUACAGUACCGUAAUGGUGAGAAUAGUGUAACAAAUUAAAAUGGUCAGAUUGCAUAUAAUGGUUGUUACCCGGUAUAUAUUAAUAUAAUUUAGCAAUUAUUUUGCCUCCCUAAAGUUAAGGACUUUAAAAAAAAAAAGAAAAAACCACUUACGGAAAAUAUUUUAUUAUUUUAUGCAGCUAAUACUUAAAUAAGAACCAAACAAAGGGGUUAAAGAAAACUUGAUCAUGUAAUUGUUAAAAGAAAAGAGUUUUGAAUAUAAAUGUAAAAAUAUUAAAUAAUACUUUGCUUAUCUCUGCUAAAAAAUUUGACAAUGUUUCAGUCCAACCGGCUGAAUCCCGUCACUGAAUAUUUAUCUGACUAGAGACUCUUGCCCAAAGAAAUUCCCAACAGCUUGCAGGGUGUGUAUAUAACUAUGUGUUGUGUACAUUUUAAUGCACACAAUUUAUUUGCAUUUGGUUGAUGACCCCUUUGCAUUUUUUUGUUGCCCUGAAGGGUUUAACAACAUUCUUAUUUUAUUCAACUGAUAGUUGAAGUCAGAAUUUUUGUAUGUGUACACAUUUGUAUAGCUUUAAUCAAUGUUGGUUUAUUGCAAGAUAAAAGCUAUAUCUAUUAAUGAGUCGUCC